CAGACCCAUCGGUUCCCGCGCGGCUGUUCGCGGCUAUAAGUAUUGCCGCGCAGAGGUUGGCCCCUCAUUCUCGUCUCGUCGGUUGGAACGUCACGAAUCUCCGCUGUAUACUUGCAAUGGCUCGUACCAAGCAGACCGCUCGCAAGUCCACGGGAGGCAAGGCCCCGCGCAAGCAGCUGGCGACCAAGGCCGCUCGCAAGAGCGCCCCGGCCACCGGCGGAGUGAAGAAGCCCCACCGCUACAGGCCCGGAACCGUCGCCCUCCGCGAGAUCCGUCGCUACCAGAAGAGCACGGAGCUGCUCAUCCGCAAGCUGCCCUUCCAGCGGCUCGUGCGCGAGAUCGCCCAGGACUUCAAGACCGACCUGCGCUUUCAGAGCUCGGCCGUGAUGGCCCUGCAGGAGGCCAGCGAGGCCUACCUGGUCGGCCUCUUCGAGGACACCAACCUCUGCGCCAUCCACGCCAAGCGCGUCACCAUCAUGCCCAAGGACAUCCAGCUGGCCAGACGUAUCCGUGGAGAACGUGCCUAAUUCCUUUUAUUACCUUUGACCCUUCAAACAAUCGGCCCUUUUCAGGGCCA